GUCAAUCCGGGUUCCUGAGUAAAAAGCCCUUUUAGUAUCCGAAAGGUACCAAUAUGGCGGAGGCUUCCUUAGGAAGUACAAGCCCAGUUGGCUCUUUGUCAUCAGAAGAUCACGAUUUUGACCCAACAGCAGACAUGUUGGUCCAUGACUAUGACGACGAGCACACUUUAGAGGAAGAGGAGAUGCGAGAAGGGGAGUCGAAUGGAAGUUCGGAGAUAGCCGAUCUGGAGAAGGAGGGGAACAUGCCAUUGGAAGAGCUGCUUGCCUUGUAUAGGUAUGAACCAUCAGCCAGCACAGUUGGAGGUUCGAGUGCAGACAGCUCUUCUGUUGAACUGACAGACGAGUUACCUGACAUGACGUUAGACAAGGAAGAGAUUGCCAAAGAUCUGCUGUCUGGGGAUGAUGAAGAAACCCAGUCUUCUGCUGAUGAUCUCACACCUUCGGUGACGUCGCAUGAAACCACAGAUUUCUUUCCCAGAACUCUUCGCUCUAAUGCUAUUUAUGAUGGAGAUAAAGAGUCUGAAGGUGAGGAGGAUGGUCUGACCACAGAGGACUCUCGAAAGGAAAUAAUGGUUGGAUCUCAGUAUCAAGCUGAAAUCCCUCCCCUUACCUGUUAUGAACAUGAGAGAGUUUAUGAGAAUGAAGAUCAGUUACUGUGGCAGCCAGAUAUACUGCCAGAGUCGAAAGUAAAAGACUUUUUGCAUGAGGCCACUUUUUCAUUUGCUGAUGGUGCUAUGAGGGAUCGAAAAGGUCUUGUUAAAGACAAUGAACAGGCAUUGUAUGAGCUUGUUAAAUGCAACUACAAUGUCCAUGACGCUCUUAAAAGAUAUCGCAGCAAAGAAAAAUCAUCAAAGGAUGAAAUGCUCCCAUGGACUGAAGAAGAAUGCAGAAACUUUGAACAUGCACUUCUUUUGUAUGAGAAGAAUUUCCACCUCAUUCAGAAACACAAAGUGCACACAAGGACUGUGGCAGAAUGUGUCGCGUUUUACUACAUGUGGAAAAAGUCAGAGCGCUUUGACUUCUUUGUCCAACAAAACCGGUUUGGAAAAAAGAAGUUCAGCAGUUAUCCUGGAGUAACGGACCUAAUGGACCGACUGGUGGAUGAAGCCGAGGGUCUGGUGGAUAGCUCGGGUUCAGUUUGCUCUAACAGCAGCGGCAGGAUAGAGGGCUCAGCUGACCAGCAGCUUAAUAUCCUCAAUUCCAUCACUGCCAGUGACCUCUCAGCGCUUACCAGCAGUGUGGCAUCAGUGUGCAACCCCAGCGAUGUGGGCUGCCUGGACUCCUAUAGCUUCCCGUCACUUGAUGGCCUCCACCGCUCUUCCCUGAACCACAGCGAGCCGCUUAGCUUCUCUGGCAACAGUGACGGAGACUGCCUCAACCUCCUGGAUGCUGGCUUCUACCAUUCAGAGCUAGGGCAGCUGAAUGUGUGUGGUGAGGAUUGCGAGAGACCUCCCGCUAAGAGGCUCAAGAUGGGCCUGCCCGAACCCUUCCUUAACGAGCGUAGCAUGGCCGUGGACUUUACUAGUACCAAAAUGGCUGUCUCAGUUACUGACUUCAGUGAUUCAGGCAGCUACAUAGCAAGCCAUGCGUUACAUCAGCACACAGCGCUGCAGUCUGAGUGAAAACAAAAUGCCUCGCUCCACUUCACUCUCGGACCAUGUACAUAGCCUCUCACUGAAAAAUUCUAUUCCUGUUUGGGUUUUUUUUUUUUUUUUUUUAUGUGUAUGUAUAUAUGUACAGAAUCCUUUUUUUACUAUGACAUCAGUGAUGUCUUAUUGUACAGAUCGUAAUCUUGAGUUUUCAAGAGUUAAUAACAGCCAUUUAUUUCCAGUCUGUAAUAUUUUGUUGUCACACCUGUCUUGUCCGAAUACUGUGGAAAGUGAAACCUUGGUAGAGGUGAAAUUUAAAAACUUUGAUGGCAGUAAUUCCCACAAAACAAAGCAGCCUUUUUUUUUUUUUUUCGACUGCCUUCUCUCCUUUUGAGCUAUUAGUCAUGGUGCAUCUUAAAAUGCGAGACCCGCUGGGCGGUAACUACGCCCUGCAUCAUGUCAUGUACUGACUCAAAAUAUUUUGAAAUGGUUUGAUUUGUAGCAAAAGACUUACAAAAUUUGAGCCACUGUGCCUCUUGCAGGAGCACUUCUCUGAGCUGCAGUGACUAGUGAAUGCUUAUCUUAAUAUUGAUAUCCAUUCAGGUGGCCCUGAGAUUAAGGCUCGAGACACUUCAGUUUGAGAAAUACACAUUACCAUAAUUUGUUAAAAUGCUCCUCUUUUAUGUCUAGUCACACUAGCUUUUGUGUAACUAACCAAUUAGUACAUUUCUAUGAAUGAUUAGUAGUCGUUAUUGUUUCAUCCACAAAAUUUGAGUACUUGUAGAUCUUUUUCGUUGUCAGAAAGAAGGAAAACACUGCUCCACAGGCCAUGAUUGAUUUUUUAAACUGUUUUUGGUUAUAUGCUUAAUUUUGCAUUCUUGUUUGUAGUGUUUGAUCACUUUGGGGGAUGGGGUGGGGGGGUAUUUAUUUGCUCUAAACACCAUUGAACUGCACAUUUGUAACUAAACCAGGUGGCAAGUGUGGAAUUUGCUGGCACAUGUCCUUUUUCUAUGUUUUGAUGUGUUCUGUCCCGUUUUUGUUGCCUCGAGUGACUGCGAAUUUGAUAGUUUGCAUGGGCGUCUCUAGCAAGCUUGCGCUGAGUAGAUGCAGUUGUUAUUUCUGAAGGUUUUUUGUAUGGAUCAGUUUAUCCCCAUUCUCAGUUAUGAAUAUAUUUAUAUUACCUAUGUUGUGUGGCCCUUGGGUCUAAUGGUCACUGCCAGGAUCAUUUUUUUCCCCCACUCAUAUAGAAGAGAAAUGUAAUGCUAUACUAGAUAUCUAAACGAUCCACAGAGUGAUCACACUAAAUUGAUCUAUGCAUUUAUUAUAGUAAUUUCAACCUGUGUAUGGUUAUCAAUUAUUUGAGCAAGCUGAUCGAUUGUCUUAUCUUUCAAUUCACAUAUCGACAAACCGACUUACCCUCAUUCAGCGAGCUUGUUAUAAGCUCUGUCCUUCUCGUACUGACAUGAUCAUGCGUGUUUACCUCAAUCUUUUUUUUUUGUUUGUUUGUUUUAUCUCCAUGAACUCUUGCGUACUCUCAUAUGGCAAUAAUUUGUAAAUAUGUACAGAUUUGGAUGUAAAAAAAAAAUAACUUCCCACAUUCUCUUCCUUGGCAAACAGACUUGAACUUGAAAAUUCUGUGCUUUUGAGUCUGUAACUUAAGUAUUCCACAGAAAUGCCUUUACUUGCUUUACCGUUUAGCUGAUUAUAUAUAUAUAAAUAUCUCUAUUUUUCUUUUUUUUUGGAUUUGCUUUACAAGAGAUUUGCUUAAAAAGAAGUUAUUUAUUUAUUUAUUCACUUACACUGCAAGUGGGUGUAGUGUGUUGUAAAGAUCAGUAAAUGGUGCAUGUGAAGCUCUUGGACCUCAGUGCUCCAUUGCAGGUUCACAUGCAGGUGCAGACGGAAUACGUCAGCGCUACGUCUUCACACAGGACUUUGAAGUAGUUGAAUGUACAGUAUUACAACAUGUUAGGGGGUUUACUGAACUCCUCUGGAAAGAGAGAAUGUUUUGCUGGUUAAGGCACGACCCUGGUUUUGCAGUUUUGCCUUAACGUUCAUUACUCAUUCAGAAACCUUGCAUGUUCAGAUCAACCUGGAAAAACACUUGCAGAAACAGCGGCCUCUCCGAGUGAUGGACGUUUUAUAGACUAAUGUCUUUGCUGAGGAGAUUUAAGAAUUGCAAGAGAGUGACAAGUAUGGUUUAACUUUUUUUUUUUGUUUGUUUGUUAGAUACUUGAAGGAUGUGCAUUGAUGCCAUUAUUUAAUACACUUAUAAAAAAAACAAUACUCAAGUCCUGUAGGUUGUGCAAUUAAUUUCUCCUGUCCUUCCAAGGAUUAAGCAGAGCUUUAGGAAAUUGUGUUAAAGUAACUUAUUCCUGUCCAAAGUUUGUAUGAAAGUACUAGCAUACAAUUGUUGUAAAUUUAGUGAUGGUUGUUUGCUUAAAGAGGCAUACAAAUUUAUUGUAAAUGUAGAGACCCUCCUUAUCAGUUUUUUUUUUUUUUCCCCCAUAUGUUGACUGUGCUGGGGGAACAAAAAAAGACAAGCAUUACAGUUUAAAAAAAUAAUUUAACACUUAUUUUGGUGUAAAGAUAUUCUAGUGUUAAAUAGACAAUCAAACAGCAAUUAUUCAAAAGAAAAUUAUCAUUCAUAAUGUUUGUACAUAGACAUUGUUUCUGUUGGUUUUUAUUUUGUAUUAUGUUCUACUUUAACUGUUUAAAUAAACAGUUUUCCAGGAAUAAAGUUCUGGAAAUAUUGAAAAAUUGA